GAUCAGGGCCCUUGACUGAAGCCCCCUAACUCUCCCCCUCUGGGUCCCUUCCAGGCGCCUCCUCCCACUCCAUGAAGUAUUUCUACACCUCCAUCUCAGACCCCAGUCAGGGGCUGCCCCACUUUGUCGGUGUGGGGUACGUGGACGGUCAGGUCUUUGUUCACUACGACAGCCACAGCCAGAGGGCGAAGCCUCGAGUCUCCUGGAUGGAGAAAGUGGGGAAGGAGGAUCCCCAGUAUUGGGACAGUCAGACCCAGAUUGCACGUGGCGCUGAGGAGACGUUCAGAAGAAACCUGGAGAUUCUGAGGAAUCGCUACAAUCAGAGCGAAGGCUUUCACAUAAUACAGUUGAUGUUUGGCUGUGAACUCCGGAAAGACGGGAGCAAAGGAGAGUUUAUGCAGUAUGGCUACGAAGGGAGGACUUUCAUCACCUUCGACAAGGAGACCCGCACUUGGGUGGCUCCCGUCCCCCAGGCCCAGAUCACCCAGAGGAAAUGGGAUGCUCUUCCAGCACAGAAUCAGUACUUUAAGUCCUACCUGGAGAAGGAAUGCAUUGAGUGGCUGCAGAAGCACCUGUCCUAUGGGAAGGAGACGCUGCUGAGGACAGAGCCCCCAGCAGUGACGGUGAGAGGCAAGACAGAGUUGGAGGAUGGGAUGGAGACGCACAUCUGCCGCCUGGAUGGCUUCUACCCUAGGGAGAUCGAUGCCUCCUGGACGAGGGACGGGGAGGUCUGGAAGGAGGAGACCUUCAGUGGGUUUCUGGCCCCUAAUGCGGAUGGGACCUACCACUACUGGCUCAGCAUCCGGAUCGACCCCAAAGAGAGGGGCCGCUAUCGGUGCCACGUGGAGCACGACAGCCUGCAGGAGCCUCUGGACCUGGCCCUGGAAGAACCAAAAUCCAACCUGGGGAUCAUCAUCGGCUGCGUUGUGGCUGUUCUUGUCCUGGUGGGUGUGAUUGCUGGGAUCCUGGUAUUCCUCAUGAGACGACGGGAUGACUACAGAGCUUACAGACUUACAGGACCACCUGUAAUGCUUAAGGCACCAGGCUAGAACUCAGGAGGCAGUGAGUUCAAGUCCCGCCUCAGGCACGAGAGUCAGCUGUGUUAUUUUGGGCCAGUCAUCGUGUCUCCACAGGGUUGUUGUGAGGAAAACAGGACAAGCAAAGAGUGUUAUUUGUGUCCUCAGCCUUGAGCUCUUCCUGAAAAUGAUAAAAGCGGGAUAUGAACAAACAAACUCACGGACUGAACUCUCUCCCGAUCUCAAGGACGCCUGAAAGAAGAAAGGCCAGCGUGGUUCA